CAGUGUGUGCAGACAUUGCCUGUGCAGCCGCUGACAGGGAAACCUCCGGCUGGGAGCCCAGCCCCAGGGUCCUGAGGGACAAGAUGCAGAGGGUGGGUGUGAGGAGGCUCAGGCUGCAGGUGCUGUUUCUGUUUUGGCCAGCCAUGGUCAUGCACCCAGUGGUGUGUGGGAAGGAGUUUUAUAUGGCUGCUGUUUACGAACACAAAACGGUGUUGAAUGCAACAGCGGGUUCCCCUCCAACACGUGAGACAGCACUGAAUCACAUGAGAAAAAAUCUGGACAUCUACCAACACCAAGUAAACACAGCUUCCAAACAGGGUGCUCAAAUAAUUGUAUUCCCAGAGGAUGGUCUCUAUGGUUUUUCAUUCAACAGAACUACUAUUUAUCCAUAUCUGGAGCCUAUUCCCGAUCCUGCCAUUGUUAACUGGAAUCCUUGCCUGAAUCCAACCAAGUUUAACAAUACAGAGGUCGUUCAUCAAUUGAGCUGCAUGGCAAGAAACAGCAGCAUCUACUUGGUAGUUAACAUGGGUGAUAGACAAGCAUGUGCACACGGUGACCCUCACUGCCCACCAGACGGUAGAUACCAGUUUAACACCAAUGUGGUUUUCAAUGACCAAGGCACCCUGAUAGCCAAAUACCACAAGCAGAAUCUGUUCUUUGAAGUUGCUUUCAAUGUACCUCAGCAAACUGAACACAUCAUCUUUAAUACAACUUUUGCUGGACGUUUUGGCAUCCUCACGUGCUUUGAUAUACUGUUCUACGACCCAGCAGUGAGCUUGAUUGAGAAAUACGGUGUGAACCAACUCGUGUUUCCCACUGCCUGGAUGAACGAGCUCCCACUGUUGACUGCGAUUCAGUUCCAGCGAGCAUUUGCAACAUUGUUCCAGAUAAACCUGCUUGCAGCCAAUCAGCAUCAUCCCGAAAGGAAUAUGACAGGAAGUGGAAUCUACACUCCUUCCUCUUCUCUUUACUACCACAACAUGGAGAGCAGCCAAGGGAAGCUUCUGGUAGCAAAGGUUCCUAUAAUUUCACCCAAUAGAGUCCGCAACCUGGGGCUGCCUCAGCUCCAAAUGAAGCGAGCAUUUGUGAAGAGGAUCAUGAUGUCUGUCGCUAAGAAAGCACGACAGAAACCAAACGAACGUGUCACACAUUCAGCACUUCCAAUAUCUGCUCCAGGCAGCAUCUUCCAUGGUUUGAUGAUGCACGAUAAUUAUACUUUUGUUCCUGUAACAGACGCCAAGGGUAACCUGCAGGUCUGUAACAACUAUCUCUGCUGUCAUUUAGCCUACAAUCGUACCAACCCAACCAUUGAUCUGUAUGCUUUAGGGGCUUUUGAUGGCCAUCACAAGGGCACAGGUUACUACCUGCAGGUGUGUGCGUUGGUGAAGUGUGCAGGCCCCGACUACAACACGUGUGGAGAAGGUGUCACAUCUGCCUCAAACAUUCUUGACUUCACAUUGUGGGGGAACUUCAGCACACAGCAUGUUUUUCCAGAAAUACUUGCUAGUGAGAUCAAAGUUUAUCAACCAGAUAGCAUUAAGUGGGAGAAGGACAAUUUCUAUAUGACCAAGAAAACGAUGUCUGAAGGAUUAGUAACCGCCGCACUCUAUGGAAGAUGGUAUAAACGAGAUAUUGGUAGUACAAGAAUUCUAAAUAAUUUUCAUUAGAUGUGAUAUGUGCUAACAGAUUGCUAACAUUUUUAUUUGAACGAACAAGAACUUAUUGAACAUUAAAACAGAAGUCACUGGGAACACUCAGCAGGUCAGGCAGCAUCUAUGGAGAAAGGAAAGUGAGUCAAAGUUUCAGCUCCACGACCCUUCAUCAGAAUGGUUAUUGAACACAUUCAACCCAAAGCUUAAGAUUGAUUAAACAGUUGUUCAGCACAGUUUGCGGUGGGAGUUUGUCAGCCUUGAGAUGAGAUGUUAAACCAAGGUCCCGUCUGCCUGUUCAGAUGGACGUUAAAGAUCCUAUGGUACAAUUUGAAAAGAGAAGGGCGUUUCUCCCAGUGACUUGGCCAAUAUCAUUCCUUGGAUAUCAGCAAGACACUUCAUUUCCCCAAGCAUAACCGAGAUACAAUCUGUACUAACUGCUAUAAUGAAAUAUGCAUUGCUUUCAAUGAGUUUAUAUCACAGUGUAUAAGAGCCUCCACAAAUUUCGUAUCCACUCAUUUUAAAGUGUUGUAACUUUCUCAAUAAUGUACUUUGCUUAUUUCAAAAAAAGCUUAAUUUCCCUUUAAUAUUAAUAUUUCAGAUAAUUAAAAGUACUGUUUGUAAUAAAUACUAGGUUAU